CGCCACUGCUUCGCUCCGGGGUGCCAGACAGGCUGUCAAUGGCGGAAAGGUGAGCAGCCGUCGCUGUUCUCAGUACCCAAGGUGGAAGAACAAAGAAAACUUGGGGAACGGAACUUGCAUCGCAAGGAUAAGCUCCUCGACGAAACGUGUUCGGUGUGUGAGCUUCAUUUUGAGCCAUCGUUUAUAACGCGAGACUUCGUUCACGUUGUAAACGGAGAAGAGGUGCGCAUUCCGCGCGGAAAGCCGCAGUUCUUGCCUGGCGCUGUGCCGACGUUGCUGCCAAAUGCUCCGAGCUACCUGUCAAAGAAAGCGUCGCAGCCGAGGCCCCCAAGAAAGCGAAAGAACGCCGAUGCUUCCUCAGUUGACGGUAAAAAAAAAAAGCAAAACACUGCCUCUCCAACUGCCUGCAGCAGCACUGGCAGCACCACACCGGUUGCAGCCGAUACCGGGGAGUUUGAUGAAGCCUGUAUGCCCGAAAUAUAUUCCAAGCUGUGUGUCCCCUCCGAGUACUGGAGCUGUCACCGAGUUCCGAGCCUCAGUGGUUUUGUGUAUUGUAAACUUAAAAUGUGUGACAAUGAAGUUUUAUCCGAGAGUGUAGUGAUUUUUUCACAAGACAGCAGGCCUGGAGUUGUAUACACUGUUCAUCUUUGUGGCCGCAUGGCUGAAGGAGGACGCGUCGUCAGCUGCGAGGAAGCGGAGGUUCUUCUCCGAGACGUCGACUCGUAUCGUCUCUGUGGAGGUGCCGUGCCGACGAGCGACGUGCCAAGAUCCUAG